GGUUCAGUCUAAAGUCUCUUUCUCUCAAUAGCUAAUCUGAAGGAAACACCAAAAGAAAAAGAAAAAGAAGUUGUAGUAAUGGCUAAGAACUCGCUAGGAUCGAUGGAGGAGGUGCAAAAGAUAUUCAACAAGUUCGACAAGAACCGCGACGGAAAGAUCUCCCGGUCGGAGCUGAGGGACGUCCUCGGCGCUCUCGGCUCCAAAACCUCCGACGACGAAGUGAAGCGAGUGAUGGCUGAGAUUGACGCCGACGGAGACGGCUACAUUGAUUUCGACGAGUUCGUGAAGUUCCACAGCGGAGGAUCUGAGAACGACGGGGCCGCCAACGAGAAGGAGCUCCGCGACGCCUUCGAUCUGUACGACCUCGACAAGAACGGCGUCAUCUCCUCCCGCGAGCUACACUCCGUUCUCAGGAGCCUCGGGGAGAAGUGUUCGCUCAGUGACUGCUCUCGCAUGAUCAGAUCCGUCGAUGCCGAUGGCGACGGCAGCGUCAAUUUCGAGGAGUUCAAGAAGAUGAUGACCCGCGCCUCUUGAUAAUAUCAUCCACUGCUCAAAUAUAUUCUCUAUCAAUUACUCGAACAAAAUCAACCGCACCGUACGGUAGGAAAUUGAUAAGGAUUAGCUUAGCUAGGUUUAAUUUUUCAUUUAAUACUCCUCCUGCUAACCGCUGCUGUAGAUAAUAAUAUAUUAUUACUGCUUAUCUUUUCAGAUCCGUUUGUUUGGUAAUUAAUUGGCGAUAUUAUCAUUCCCAGUAGCAAAUUAAAACGAAACCAAAAAAAAAAAGUUGUGGAAUUAGGCUUAGGUUUGGUUCUUAAAUCUUAAUCAUAAUGAUUUUCCUUA